AUGCAUUUCUUGAACAUUGUUGUCUCGAUGAUGGCGUUCGCCAUUACAGCACUGGCCAUUACAAUCACCCAGCCUAAGAAUGGUGACCAGGUGGACUUUAGCAAGCCCUACACCAUCAAGUGGACGACCGUGGCUUCUGACCCUACGAACUUCGACCUCAUUCUGGUCAACAUGAACAGCCAGCCCACCGUCAGCAAGAAGAUCGCCAAUGUCAAGACAUCGGAUAGCAAAUACACCGUUGACAAGGUCAUCGGUAUUCCAGUUGCUGAGGGCUACCAGCUCAACGCCGAAUCCAACACCACCCACAACACCGGCAUCCUGAGCCAGUCGCAGCAGUUCAAUGUGACCAAGGUUGGCAAGGCUGAAACAACUUCAGCCACCACUAGCGCCACCCAGACAGCUGCUGCGUCUACCUCCUCGUCUGCCGGAUCUGCCGCGUACACGGGCACGCUUCCUGGCUCCGCCGCCGUGAUCGGUGCACUCGCAAUGGGCGUAAUUGCCGAGAUUCUGUAA